CCCGCCCCUCCGCCUGAGCAGCCUGCGGGUGCCGCCUCUUCCUUUACCGCCUCGCGCACCCCCCCUUCCGGGCCGGCCACCGCCAGCCCCCUCGGGAACCGGCCCCGGGCCGCGGCCCUGGCGGAGGGGCUGGGAGCCGGAGCCCACUGGCGAUUGUGCUUGAAGGGAGAUGGCUGGGACGGGCUUCAGCCUCGCCUGGGCCGGCGGAAGGCGACUCUGGGUCGCCGCGGCCAGCGAGGCCUCUUGCCCCCGGGGAGCGGGGUCAGAGCCAGUGGCCGGCCCCGCAGAGCAUGUCGGUCUUACCCGGGGGUCCAGGCGCAGGCUGACAGGCUCCCCUGAGUUCUCAGCGGGCAGCUAGCUGGCCGCCCUAGGCAAGCUCAGCGAGAGCAUGACUGUCACCGGACAGUUACCGGGCUAAGAGUUGGGAGCCACGUGACCAGACGUAAGUGUAGGAUACAGGUUUUCUGUGGUCGCUGAGGCUAGAGCUUGACUGGGGAGAGGAAGAUUGAAAGCCUGGUGAAAAGGCAGAGAAGUCUGAGGGAGCCCAGUCCUGGCAGCAACACUCCUGAACUCCUGGUGAUAAGAGGAUGUGGACCCUUGACCCAUCCCGGAAAGAAGUGCUGAGGUUUGCAGUCAGCUGCCGUGCCCUGACUCUGGUGCUGCAGGCUCUCUUCAAUGCUGUCAUCCCUGAUCAUCAAGCAGAAGCCUUCUCUCCUCCUCGCCUCACCCCUUCGGGCUCUCUGGACCAACUUGUGGAAGGUCUUCUGGGUGGCCUGUCUCGCUGGGAUGCUGAACACUUUCUCUUCAUUGCUGAGUACGGCUACCUGUAUGAACACAACUUUGCCUUCUUCCCUGGUUUCCCUCUGGUCCUGGUGGUAGGGACUGAACUAUUGAGGCCUCUACGACUGUUGCUGAGCCUGCGAAGUUGCCUGUUAAUCUCAGUAGCAUUGCUCAAUUCCUUGUUCUCUGUGCUAGCUGCAGUUGCACUUCAUGAUCUUGGCUGUCGGGUUUUGCAUUGUCCCCGCCAAGCCUUUUAUGGAGCACUGCUCUUUUGCCUCAGUCCUGCCAGUGUCUUCCUCACAGCUGGUUACUCAGAAGCUUUGUUUGCCUUCUUGAUGUUCACUGCCAUGGGGCAGCUGGAAAGGGGCCGAAGCUGGACGAGUGGACUUCUCUUUGCCCUUGCCACUAGUGUACGGUCCAACGGGCUAGUCAGUAUUGGCUUCCUCAUACAUUCUCAGUGCCGAAGCUUUUUCUCUUCUUUCAUGGUACAAAAUCCUUUGAGACAGCUCUUAAAGUUAAUGGGCUCUGUGUUCCUGUUAGUGCUCACACUUGGCCUUCCCUUUGCCCUCUUUCAAUAUUAUGCUUAUACCCAGUUCUGUCUGCCAGGCUCAGCUCGCCCCAUUCCUGAGCCCUUGCUGCAGUUAGCUGUUGAUAGAGGCUACCGGAUUGCCAAUGGAAACAAGCCACCUUGGUGCUCUUGGAAAUGUCCCCUAAUAUACAGCUACAUUCAGGAUACCUACUGGAAUGUUGGCUUUCUGAGAUACUAUGAGCUCAAGCAGGUACCCAAUUUUCUAUUAGCCACACCAAUGACUAUGCUGGUUGCCUGGGCAGUUUGGACAUAUGUGACUACCCACCCUUGGUUCUGCAUUACACUUGGGAUGCAAAGGGAUUGUAAGGCCCUAGAGAAGAAGCCUGCUCUUGGAUUCCUCAGUCUUCAGGUGUUUGUGUACUUGGUCCAUGCUGCAGUGCUGCUCCUGUUCGGUGGUCUAUGCAUGCAUGUUCAGGUUCUCACCAGGUUCUUGGGCUCCUCCUCUCCUGUUGUGUACUGGUUUCCAGCUCAUUUGCUUCAGCAUCAAGAGCCACUACUGAGAACGAUAGAGAUUAUGCCUUGGCAACCUCUUGCAGGGAACUCCUCACCACUACAAAAGCUGCCCAGAAAUUGUAUUAUGAGACUUUUGUGCAACUGGAAAACCUGUUCUCUAGUCACACGAUGCAUACUAGGCUACUUCCUGACUUACUGGCUCCUGGGACUACUCCUACAUUGCAACUUCCUGCCUUGGACAUGACUUCAGAGUCUCAGGAGAGAGAGAGAAGGAGAGAUACAGAAAAUGAGAGAGAGACUCAAAGCAUAUUUAGCCCAAUGUCUGAAAAUACAAAUACAUACUGGGUCUACUUGCACAGCCUUGAGAUACUUACUAUAGCCUUUAGAAAUGCCUUCUGUCUUUUUCAAGGCUUGUUCGAGGUGGAAUAAAUGUGAGCUUCUAGAGAGCCCUUCUGGUACUGGCUAUGGUCAGUUUACAGUAGUAGCUAUUCUUUCUGUAAGUGAAAUUGUAUUACAAAUAUAAAGUAUUCCUGGACCUCUCUUGUCAGUCAGGCAUAACAGAGAUAGUCUUGAACUUAUCACUGUCCCACAUGUAAAUCACAUCAAGAUCUCUGACGACUGGGUGGUCCACACAUGACAUCAGAAGCCUGAACACUGUGGCAGCAGUAGUAAGUGGGACCCUUUUUUCUAAAUGGGAGAUUGUUUAUGAUUAUAUUUUCCAUGAUUUGUUCAUUUAUUUUAUAUGAAGUAUUUUAUAAAUAUAUGCAAAUUAAACACCU